AAACAAACAUGGCGCCGUGCGGCUCCACCGUGGCGCUGUUUUCCGUGUUUUCCGCCGUGUUUGCGGUCUGUGCCUGGUGUUUUGUGGCGGACGGCGGUGUGACGUGUCCGGGUGUCUGGCUGGCGGCGGCAGCCGGGAUCCUGUGGAUGAGCUGGCGGAGGCUGCGGGACGCCGCUCCGCUGCGGGACGCCGCCGCUGCGGAGCGCCGGGUCUGCGUCCUGGUGCUGGGGGACAUCGGACGCAGUCCCCGGAUGCAGUACCACGCUCUGUCCCUCAGCAGACACGGAUACCAGGUCACUUUCGUCGGGUUUUCAGACUCAAAGCCCCAUCAGGACGUGCUGAAAGAGGAGAAGAUCCGGAUAGUCGGCAUCUCAGAGGUUAAAGGUCUUCGAGCAGGACCAAAACUCCUGACGUACGUGACGAAGACGAUGGUCCAGGCGGUGCAACUGCUUCACGUCCUGCUGUCCAUGGAGCUGCAGACGCACAUCCUGAUGCAGAAUCCUCCUGGGCUGCCUGGGAUUGCGGUGGCGUGGCUCGUGUGCGUUCUGCGCGGCAGCACUUUCAUCAUCGACUGGCACAACUACGGCUACACCAUCAUGGCUCUGAGCCUCGGGGCGUCGCAUCCUCUGGUCCGACUCGCCAAGUGGUAUGAACACCUGUUCGGCCCUCUGGCCUUCCACAGCCUGUGUGUGACGAACGCCAUGAAGGACGACUUGCAGAAAAACUGGGGCGUCGAGGCAACCACUCUGUACGACCGACCGGCCUCCAUCUUCAGAGAGACUCCUCUGGACCUGCAGCACCAACUCUUCCUCAAGAUGGCCGACACUCAGCCGCAGUUCAGAGCCCCAGGGUCCGACUGUCGGAAGACGGAGGCGACCGCCUUUACGGUCCGUAAGCCGGGCGACGGCGGCGUGACCCUGAGGUCGGACCGGCCGGCUCUGCUGAUCAGCAGCACCAGCUGGACGGAGGAUGAAGAUUUCUCCAUCCUGCUGGAUUCUCUGCAAGAGUAUGAAGGCUUCAUCAGAGGAGGAGCGCCGCUGCCGUCGCUAGUCUGCGUCAUCACAGGAAAAGGUCCUCAGAAGGAACACUACAAGAAGCUGAUCGCCUCGCUGCGUUUAGAGCGCGUGAAGAUCUGCACGCCGUGGCUGGAGGCCGAGGAUUACCCGCUGCUGCUGGGUUCAGCAGAUCUGGGCGUCUGCCUCCACAAGUCGUCCAGCGGUCUGGACCUGCCCAUGAAGGUGGUGGACAUGUUCGGCUGCUGUCUCCCUGUCUGCGCCAUCCACUUCCACUGCCUGCAGGAGCUGGUGGAGCCCGAAGUGAACGGUUUGAUCUUCAGGGACUCUGCAGAACUCGCCCAGCAGCUCAAGUCUCUCCUCUCAGAGUUUCCCAGUUCAGACGGCAGACUGGGAGUUUUCCGGAGGAACCUCCGCGCCAGCAGGGGGCAGCGCUGGGACGAUAACUGGGACCAGAACGUUCUGCCUCUGCUGGCGGCUCCCAGAUGAAGAGGAGCUUCAGUCUUCCUGGACUCUGACAGAAACAGAAAAAACUUCUUUAAUCCUGAUUUAUGUACAUUUGUAAAUAAAAUAUUGAUGCUGCAGCGUUGGCUCACCUGAACACUUUGAUGAGUUCUAUUGGAGCCAGCCGGUCGUAGGGAAACACGGCGCCGACGGGUCCGGUCAGAACCUGGUGGCCCAGACCUGCAGCCUCUGCAGGGAGGAACCACAGGUUGGUAACUGGUUACAUUUAGAGCAACUUUUUAGAAAAACAACAAAAAAACUUUUAGGAGUAAUUUUAUUACAUUGUCACUGGAAAUACUCGAGUUUUAACAAACUUUACAGACUGUAAGUACUAGUUUUAUAAGCUUUAUAUUGAUAAAAAUUGAAACAGAAAAGUGCUGAUUCUGAUAUAAUUUUUUAUUUUGUAAUUAUUUGUAUUAUUUUCUGUUUCAAAAUACCAGAAUUAAUGCAGAAGUUUUAAUAAAACUUGGGGCCAUGCUUAAAAAAAGUUAAAAAUGUGAAAAAAGUUGUAAUAAUGUUACCAGAAUAAGAGUCAUAAUGAGAAUAAAGUCAUAUUAUGACGA